AUGUUGCCGCGGCGAAGACUGUUCUCCUUCGUCGUGACAGCCCUUGUGAUAUGUGUCUUCUGCGCUACAUAUGACCGCCAUGCUGUGUCCACGUCCCUCAGAACAACCACUGAGCAAGCUGCUCCGGAUGAUGAAGCCAGUCGAAUAUGCAAGCGACACAGAUUCCAACCCUUCCUCAACCCAGGCGCCCGCAAAGUCUACGAUCUGUUCAUGAUUGACACGGAGCUGGAUCUGCUUGAGAUUCGCUUGAAUACCCUGGACUCGGUUGUCGAUUACUUCGUCAUCAUAGAAUCAGCUCAGAGCUUUACGAAGGUCGCAAAGCCUCUCUACGUCUCCGAAAACCUUGGACGGUUCGACAAGUUCAAGGACAAGAUAAUCCUCCAUGUCAUCGACUUCACCAACUUCGGAAACACUUCGGAAUGGGAACUGGAGAGCUACUCACGCAAUGCUCUCUACACAGAGGUUUUCCCAACCCUCAAGGACUCACAGCGUCCCACACACGGCGACGUGAUCCUGCUAUCAGACAUCGACGAGAUCCCCAAACCCGAAACCAUCACCUUUCUCAAAGCCUGCCAAUUCCCCGAGCGCACCACCAUCGAAUCCAACUUCUACUACUACUCUUUCCAAUGGAAGCACGACGGCAAGCGUUGGCUCCAUCCACAAGCCACCUUCUUCCAAGGCGACCGCACCAUUUUACCCCAAGACCUCCGCGGCAGCGCCGGAGCGCAAUCUCGUGUCAUCUACGACGGCGCAUGGCACUGCAGCUCCUGCUUCAGCACGGUCGCCGAGGUGCAGAAGAAACUCGAGAGCUUCUCCCAUCAGGAGUUCAAUCAGCCCGUCUUCAAGGACCCCGCACAGAUUGUGCGUCGCUUCAGGAAUGGUGUCGACAUUGCCGAGCGCCCACUCGAGAAGUACUCGCGCAUCGAGAAUAACCGCGACUUGCCGUCCUAUCUGAAGGACAACCCAGGGAAGUUUCCGUGGUUCAUCAGUAGGGAUGCACCAAAUGCGAACUUUCUGGACUUUGAAGGCGAGGGCGCGAAGAGUUUGGAAGAGUGGGUUGGGCCAACGCCCGUGGUCUGGCCGCAAUGA